UUUUCUGGAUGGGUGGUAAUUUAAAUGUCCCUGGAAAUGUAUUUAGCGUACCAGAAAAUACUCGUGCUGAAUUUAAUAUUUUUCUUGAUUGCGUUGAUGCUCAAGAAUUGCUUGCUUCUGACUUGGAUAUUACUUUGGUACCAUUAGAUUUUACAAAUCAAAUUCCAUUUAGUCCUACUCUUUUCAACAAAUUCUCAAAACUCAAAAGCUUUUAUGGUGUGUUUGCAUAUAAUCUUUUGUCUGCUAUUCGCGCAAGUUGGCCUGGUGGGGACUCUGCAUUUUAUACUGGUUAUUAUCUUUGGGAUCCUAUUACAAUAGCUGUUGUUAAAAAUAUUGGUGUUGCAAAAAUUGUAUCAAAUCGUUCAUUGACUAUUACUUGUGAUGGAAACCCGAGUCAUGAUGGUCAGUUUGUACAUUCUAAUAUCCUUACAAAUUCAAAUUUUAAAGUUGCAAUUGACGCUAUUAAUAGUGACUCAAUUGAAAAUUCCCCAUUUUUCCAAGAUUUUCUUAAUGUAAUUAACUGCGAUUAA